AUGGCAGGAGGGCGGAUAGCGAUGGCGGGCAGGGCGGAGGCAUGGCUGAGAGGCAUGCGCGUGUGUGCGAGGGCGAGGUCGCAUCCGAUGAUUGCAAGCAACAUGUUCCAUCGAGCGAUCGACGCAAGACCAUGGACACGACCCUUCUCCUCCCAUCGCACGUGGGAGCCCCGCACCCGCGGCUAUGGAGAACGUGGCAUGGCGGGACCCUCCGACCCCUCCAAGGCAGGAAGGCAAGCGAUACCUCCUGCAUGGAUUGACGGUCCUCCUAUUGUGAGGAACGGGAAGACGUACAACAAGACGAAACGGCAGGGAGGGAUCGGGCUCGUGCUCGAGUACAGGGAGCGGAGAGUGUUCGUCGUAGGCAUCGUGAGGGGCAGCGCAGCAGAGCAGAGCGGGAAGGUGGAGGUCGGCGACGAGCUGGUGGAGGUGGACGGGUGGAAAGUCGAAGCUCUUCCUCCCAACUUCAUCGCCAGGCUGAUGUGCGGCGCCAUCGGCAUGGAGCGAAAGUUGGUGCUUCACAGGACAGAGGAGAGCGGGGUCGCUGUGAGGCACGAGGUGCUGAUAUCCACCUCCUCCCCGCCUCCUCUUCCUCUUGAAGCCUAUGGAAAGCUCUCCCAGGAUGCUGUCCUGUACGGGCCAUGGGGGAUGUCGUACGAGGAGGAGGAGGAGAAGGUUCUGCCCCCUGAGCAGCAGCGGUACGCAUGUCCCUGCUGCGAUGCUCGUUUCCGCUCCUGGCGGCGCUGCCUGCGGCAUAUGAAGAUGAAGAGACACGUCAAGCACGAGCUCCUUCCCUACAUUCGCCUGACAGAUAGACCUGAAAUUUGGAUUGACCCCAUCAUGUCGAAGAAGCUGAGGAAAUUCUGCAGGGUCAACCUCGAUCCUCUCUCUGAGGAGACUGCGAGAGGAGAUGACUGGAUAGAGUUCCACAAGCUCUCCUUGGAGGAACGACUCGCUCUCGUUCGUCCGGAAGAUCCUCCUAUCGUCGUCCUGCGGUUGGGCCAUGGAGACAUUCCGGUCAAGACCAGACCGCAGAGACCUUCCGAAGUUGGCAAUCCCCUUCCUCCUCACCUGUCGAGAGUUUGGCACCUGAGGCGCAGGCCCAAGACCAUUCACUACAAGCGAGCGAUCCGAAGGAGACAAAAAGAGCUCCUCAGCAUGAGCAAUGGCACAACGGGCGAAGUAGAAGCACACGAGGAGAUAGACGGAGAGGAGGAGGAGGAGGAAGAGGAAGAGGAGGAGGAGAGGAAACUGUGA